GGGUAGCGCUUCGUGAACUCACACACAGUGACCAGUUGUGCCUCACUUAACGGAUAUGCUCGCGCUCGUUGUGCUGUGCCUUGUGCUUUUCGUGUGCUGGUUCAGCAGGAGGAACCGUAAAGUCAUACCCAACUAUCCUCCGGGACCGAAGCCAUGGCCUAUAAUCGGCAGCUUACAUCUAUUAGGACAGCAUCGGACUCCGUUUGAAGCGUUUACGGCACUCAGCAAAAUCUAUGGAGACAUUUUCAGUAUUCAACUAGGUGCUACCCCUUGUGUCGUCGUUAAUAAUUUCGAGCUCAUCAAAGAAGUGUUGAUUUCAAAAGGGGGAGAUUUCGACGCCAGACCAGAUUUUAUCAGAUUCCACAGGCUAUUUGGUGGAGAUAGGAAUAACUCCUUGGCCCUCUGCGAUUGGUCAGAUUUGCAGAAAACUCGCAGAAGCAUAGCAAGGACCUACUGCUCUCCUAGAUUUACAUCAUUGCAGUAUGAUAUGGUGGCGAAUGUAGGAACAGAUGAAAUCUCCACGUUCUUGUCGGAAGUCCAGAAACUGCCUAUUAAUACUCCUGUUGAUAUUAAGCCUUUGGUACUAGCUGCUUGUGCCAAUAUGUUCACUCAGUACAUGUGUUCAACUAGCUUCGAUUAUAGUGAUAAAAAGUUUCAAACUUGUGUUAGAUAUUUUGACGAAAUUUUCUGGGAAAUUAACCAAGGGUAUGCCGUCGAUUUUCUGCCGUGGCUUCUUCCUUUCUAUAAAAAUCAUAUGAGAAAAAUUUCUCACUGGUCCACCGAAAUCCGCCAGUUUAUUCUUAGCCGAAUUAUUGAUAAUCACAGAGAGUCGUUAGAUCAUCAUGCCCCUCCUAGAGAUUUUACAGAUGCUUUGCUCUUACAUUUAGAAGAAGAUCCAAAUAUGAGUUGGCAGCAUAUUAUAUUCGAACUGGAAGAUUUCAUUGGAGGACAUUCCGCGAUUGGUAAUUUGGUAAUGAUGACUCUAGCAGCGUUGGUUCAAUAUCCCGAGGUAGCCAAAAAAGUCCAACAAGAAGUAGAUGAAGUAACUAAUACAACGAGAGAGCCUAGUUUGUUAGAUAAAACUUCUAUGCCCUACACCGAAGCAGUUAUUUGGGAAACUCUACGCAAAGCAUCCUCUCCUAUAGUACCACACGUCGCUAGCACAGACACUGAUCUUUUCGGUUACAACGUUCCAAAAGGCACAAUGAUUUUCAUUAAUAACUACGAAUUAAAUGCUAGUUGCGACUAUUGGCGAAGUCCUAAUGAAUUUCUUCCAGAACGGUUUUUGUCCGCCAAAGGACAUGUUGUCAAGCCUAAUCAUUUCAUCCCAUUUAGCACAGGAAAAAGAACAUGUAUCGGCCAAAGGCUAGUACAGUGCUAUAGCUUCAUCAUUCUGGCAACACUUCUUCAGAAGUAUGAUAUAAAAGCAGGAGGAGACAUCAAUAUAAAGCCUGGCUGUGUCGCCGUUCCCCCAGAUUGCUUCAAAUUGAUUCUAACUCCAAGAUCCUCAACUUCUGCCUUUAAAUAAGCAUCAUUCCUAUAUUAAUGGUACGCAUAUUGUGUCUUUUCUAUCACCGUUCACUGUUCUUCGCGAAGAGAAGUAGUAGCAUAGAAGAAAUACUGUACAUACCUCCUUUGCCUGUCUUCCGAAUGAAGAGAACUGGGUUCUCUGAACUUUCUUCAUAGACUGAAUACAAAGACGAGCAGAACUGGGACUCAAGUGAUGCAAGAUCUUGAGAAAAGCUUAACAUUUUGUAAGUUGCAAGGAAAAAUCUUCGAAAGAUUUAACUAUGACAAACAUUUUUAACAUAUUUUUUGUUUCAUAUAGUUUUCUUUCUUUAAUUUAUGCAAAAAUAGGAAACAUAUAAUCGAAACUAGGAAAUGGUUUAUUUAUUUUGGGUUUUUCUUUUAUGUAGUAUUAUUAGCUUGAAUAAUGCUUAGUUAUAUAAAUGCUAUUUUGUUAAUAUAUGUAAAUUUCUACAUGCUUAUAUACGUAUUCCCUCAAAUAAUUAUUUCUAAGAAAUAUAGUUAAAGUAUAUUUUACAAAACGCUAAAAUUUUUCGUAAUAAUGAUAUCCGAUUUUAUAUUCUUGAAUCUACAUCCAUUACGAUAUACAUUUGGCUGUAAUAAGAAAACGUAGAAAUGAAAUAUUUUGAAUUUGCUCAUUAAAGACUUUUUUGUUGUACCUGACUCUAUUCUUUAUUUCAGUAUUUUCAGUUCAAAAUUUUUCAUUUUGUAUGUUCUGAACUUUAUAUUAUAAAUUCUCGGCUAUUGCAAAUGUUCUUAGUAUUUAUUUUGUUAUGUUACAAAUAUAUUAAUAUACACUUCUCCAAGAAAUCAACGCACCACCUUAAAAAUUGGACAUUUUUAUUGUCUUAAAUUUCUUAAACCUGUUAUCCGAUUUAUUAAUUGAAGUGCUUUUUUUAACAUGUUAUAGCCUUAUUCUUUAACAAUAUCGCUGUAAUAAUAUUUAGUCAAAGUAAUGAAGCUUAAUAUAGGACAAAACCUCGCAAUUUUUACAGAAUGGAUCGAUUUGCUUGAAAAUUUGAGAAUAAGUAGUGGAUAAUCCAAAGAUCAAAAUCUAUAUGAUGCCGAAAAGCGCUUUUACCAUGGGGGUGGUUGCCACCCCAUCUCGGGGGUGGAAAUUUUAUAUUAUAUUUUGACCGCAAAAGUUGAUAAAAACAUUCAUUCUAAGCAAAAAAUGUUCUAUACAUUUUUUAAUAAAAUUAAUAGUUUUCGAUUUAUUCGCUAUCGAAAGUGUUACUUUUAUAUCGAAAAAAUCAAUGUUUUUCGAUAUAGGCUCACUACGAUUCACCCAAUUUUUGCCGUAGAAAAAAAUUUUUCAAACCAGCUUCUUGAAAAUUAAAUAACCUACAAUUUCAUAUUUUAACAUUUUUUCGUAUCUCUGAUGCUAAUCUUUCUAUUCUGAAGAAAAUGGCAUUUUUUACCAAACUACAAAAAUUCGAUAUUCGCUUUGAACUCCAGUUUUCCGCUAAAAACUAAUCAUUCUAAGCCAGUUAAACGUCUAGAAUCUAUUAAUAAUACAUAAACAAAGAAGAAUAAAUAAGGCCAAUGACUAAAAACACCGCUAACUGACAUUAUUAUGCUUCCAAUUGGAUUUCUCCUUUUUUUUUUUCAAAAAAAUACAUUGAUUUUUUAACCGUAACUUUUUUAUUUUUUAUCUUAAAAAGUUUGGUAAAAAAUAAUUUUGUAGUUUUUUGCAAGAUCUUUAAGCCUAUUGAUAUUACAUAUUUUUAAAAUCCUCAGUCGCAAAAAGAGGUGACUUUGAAAGGGUUGGUAAAGGUGGUUUUUGCAUGUUAUUACAAGUUUUAAUUGUCAAUAGCUCACUUAAUUUUUGCCGUAGAUAAAAUUUUUGCAAAUCAGGUUCUUGGGAAUUUAAUAAGCUACAAUUUCAUAUUUAUACAUUUUUUUGUAUCUCUAAUUCUAAUCUUUCUAUUCUGAAGAAAAGGUCAUUUUUUACAAACUACAAAAAUUCGGUAUUCGCUUUUGACUCAAUUUUUUUUAAAACUAAUCAUUGUAAGCUAGUCAAACUUCUAGAGCCUGUUAAUAAUAUAUAAAUAAAGAACACCAAAUAAGGCCAAAGACGAAUUUUAAUUAGGGUGGUGAUUAGGGGGUUGCUUCCGAUCACUUUUUCAAUGAAAAAAUAGGGACUGACAUUCUUUUUAUUAUAAGUCACUUAAUUUUUGAGCUAGAGACCUUUGUUUUAUUUUUACAAAUAGAUAUUUUUAAAUACUUUAAAUUAGUUUGAACAAGUUAUCCUCGAAAAAUGCAUAGUUUUCCCGGCUUUUGACUUUGAAACUACAAUAUUUGGCAUUUGACGAAGAAGAGCUAACAUAUAAUAAAGUAUAGCUCGAUUAUUAUUGGUCUUAAAGAAAAUUAAGAAAAACGGUUUUGUUUAUUUUUUCAAAAGGCACAUUUUUGUUAAGUAAAGUUGUUUUGAUAAAACGAAAACUUUUGGAGUUAUUAGCAGAACAAUAAUUAAAAAAAUUUAUUUUUUCGAUAUAAAACUAACACUUUCGAUAGCGAAUAAAUCGAAAACUAUUAAUUUUAUCAAAAAAAUGUAUAUAACGUUUUUUGCUUAGAAUGAAUGUUUUUACCAACUUUAGCGGUCAAAAUAUAAUAAAAAAUUUUCACCCCCGAAAUGGGGUGGCAACCACCCCCAUGGUAAAAGCGCCUUUCGGCAUCAUAUAGAUUUUGAUCCUUGGACUAUCCACUACUUAUUCUCAAAUUUUCAAGCAAAUCGAUUCAUUCUGUAAACAUUGCGAGGUGAAAAGCUUCGGUUCUUGGACUAAUUUGUUGCUAGACAGAAUUCUGCAUGAAAAAAUAAUGGCAGUUUGCUUUAUAAACGUAUGUCCGCAAAUGCUUCGUUUCCGAGAUACGGGAUGUUGAAUUUUUUUCUUACAAACUGACGAUUUAUUUAUUACUCUAAAACCGGUUGAGAUAAUAAUAUGCAAAUAGCAUUUGGUGGGUUUUAAGAGGUAGUUAUUGUGAUUUUUUUACAUAAAAUUAAGAAUUUUAUGUUCAGCAUUGGCGCACAAAUGGGUCAUAUUACCCGUAUAUGCUUGCCAAUGGUGAACAUUAAAUCCAUAAUUGUAUACUGCCUCUUAAAACCCACCAAAUUUCAUUUGCAUGUCUCAUCCGGUUUUAGAGCAUUAAAUAAAUCAUCAGUUUCUAAGAAAAAAUUCAACAUCCCGUAUCUCGGAAACGAAGCAUGUACGGGCAUACGUUUAUAAAGCAAACUGUUAUUAAUUUUUCAUGCAAAAUUACCCCUUAAAGUUUGCCUUACUUAUUUAAAAGCACCCUGUAUUGACCAACAACAAGGAUAGUUGUUUAAGUUACUAACUUUUCUAUUAUCCAACAUAAUCAAAUGAAUAAAAAAACAGAAUGUUAAAAAAACAUGAGGCUAUAGUUGGGUUUUAAUUUCAGUAUUUUUUAAAUGCUAGAAUAUUCCACAGGAUCACGCAAACUUUGAGAAAAAAUCACAGUUUGAUUGGUACACCCGGUAUACAAUGACAGUUUACUUGUCUAGCAACAAUAUUAUAGCGAUAUUGUUAAAGAAAAAGCCAUAACAUAUUAGAAAAAUCACUUAAAUCGGGCAACAGGUAUAGGAAAUUCAAGACAUUAAAAAUGUCCAAUUUAUAAGAUGGUGCGUUAAUUUCUUGGAAGUGUAGCACAUUUUAAGAAUUAUGCAUUUUUAAAUUUUAGGUCUUAAAACGUAUUAUAAUAGGUUAGAAAAUACAAUACACUUGUUUUGUGUUAGUUGGCUGUUUUGUAAUGACAAAUAAUCUGAUUAUAUAAUUAUUGUGUGCAAAUUAUUCGAGUGUGUAGUCACUCGGGUCCCAUAAUGACAGACGUAGGCCAAAAGGUUUAAAGCCAAAACAUCACCCAUCUAAUAAUUCCAUAUGUUCAUUAUUUUAUCGCUCAUUGUAUAUACAUCAUAUAAAUUUAUUGUAAAAAUAUUUUUUUAUUUAUAGUAUUCCAGUAUUAGGUCUAUAAUAUAAUGAGACUGAAUAAAUUGUGUAUUUUUAUUAAGAAA